AUGAGGUUCUCCACCCCUCUUCUGUUACUUGCUUCAGUACUCCUUGUUGGCAUCAAUGGUGCUCCGGCAGGGCCAGGUACCGAUGUCCGCACGGGAUAUGUCAAUGAGAUUGGCCCCCUAGGCGAUGUCCCCCAAGUAGGCGACAUUGACGUGGCGGCUGUUGAGCAGCAAUAUGCCGCAUUGGUUGCCAGAGGUGACCGACCAGAGCAUGAGAAGCGGCUUCUAGGCUUAUUAGGACUGCUCAAGAACAAGAACAAGAACAAGAAUAAGAACAAAAACAAGAACAAGGCUAAGACAGCCAACCCCGCCAAAGCGAAGGCUAAAGCCAAGGCCAAGACCACCACGCCUCCAGCGAAGGCUAGCGCGCCUCCUCGCCCUGCUGUUCCACCUGCCAAUCCGCCUGCGAAUCCGCCUGCGAAUCCUCAGAAUCCUCAAACUCCUCAGAACCCCCAGAACCCCCAGAACCCACAAAAUCCACAAAAUCCUCAGAAUCCUCAGAAUCCUCAGAAUCCCCAAACUCCUCAAACUCCCCAGACUCCUCAAAAUCCACCUGCUCCUGUGGCGCCCGCGACGCCAUCCAAAUCUUCAGGCGCUCCAAAGAAAGCGGCUGGAGCUGGUGCUUCUAAUGCAGGGGCUAUAGCAGCUGGCGCUUCCAAAGGGAAUUGA